CUUAAAUUAGCACGAAAGCCCUAGCAGCGAAAAGACAUCUGUAUCAGCAGCUGCUGGGGAGUAGCAGCAUAAACGGCAACCAUGGUGAAGUAUUCAAGGGAACCAGAGAACCCCACAAAAUCUUGCAAAGCUAGGGGCUCGGAUCUCAGAGUCCAUUUCAAGAAUACUAGAGAGACAGCGCAUGCCCUUAGGAAGAUGCCUUUGGACAAGGCAAAGAGAUACUUGGAGGAUGUUAUUGCCCACAAGCAGGCCAUUCCCUUCACACGAUUUUGUCGUGGGGUUGGUCGUACUGCUCAGGCAAAGAAUCGCCACUCAAAUGGACAAGGACGUUGGCCUGUCAAAUCUGCAGGGUUUAUUCUAGAUUUACUCAAGAAUGCUGAGAGUAAUGCUGAAGUUAAAGGCUUGGACGUGGAUUCACUUUACAUAACUCACAUCCAAGUAAACCAAGCCCAGAAACAGAGGCGCCGCACGUACCGUGCUCAUGGAAGAAUCAAUCCCUACAUGUCUAAUCCGUGCCACAUCGAGUUGACAUUGUCUGAGAAGGAAGAAUCUGUCAGGAAGGAGCCCGAGACUCAAUUGGCUCCCACAAAGACAAAGGCAUCCUCUUGAUGAGAGGAAUGAAUCUCUGAAUUUUCAUAGUAUAAUCUCAAUGUCCCUAUAGCCUUAGUAUCAGGAGAAUUUUGUGCUGUUCGAAGUAUUUUUUUCAUAGGAAUGUGGUUUUUUGUAAUUUUACUAUUUCGGAGUUUGAAGGUUGUCAUUUUGAGGCAUGUUUCGCUUGAAAUUUUGAGUUCUAUCUUUCAAAGAUUGUAUUGGGAAUGUUUAUUGUUUGACGGCUGAGGCUACAUGAAAAUUUUAAUUUUAAUUUGAUUGGUGAUGAUUAAUUCUUCUAA